AUGAGCCCGCGGAGGCUGCAUCUGCCCUGUGUGCCCGCCCCGGUGUACCGCGCCCAGAGCUCCCGCGGCCAAGCGUUGGCCGCGCCUCGGGCGCCCGAGAACGGGGAGACCCCGCCAGGGCAGCUCGAGGCGGCGGGGAGCCUCGGACCCCGGCCGCGCCGGAACCGGACGGUGUUUUCCUCGAGCCAAGUCAGCACCUUGGAGAGGGCCUUCCAGGGGACUCGCUACCUGAGCGCGGGCCUCGCGGCCUGGCUGGCCCAGGAGCUGCGAAUCCCCACGGCGCAGGUCAGGAUCUGGUUCCAGAACCGAAGGAAGAAACUCAAGAGGCAGCUCGAGGAGCAGGCGCCAUUCCGCACUCCACCUCCCUCGAACCCUUUCCAGGCUUUGGUCCACCCUGUGGAGAGAUGGCAGCCAGACUAUCACACCUUACCUCUUCUACGGGAUCAGCAGACCUCAGCCCAUCUAUUCUGGCGCAAGUGUUCAGACAUCCAGACACAUAACCACGCCGUGCCACUUGCCAUGUCAGGCGAGGCUUCAGCUGGCCACGUGGUCUCCCGGCCCCAACAGCAACAGCGUAUGAGGAUCGACUGUGAACGACUUAACUAUUAUAGCCAAGACAGCUCCGCGGACUCCUGA